AUGGCGUUUGAUCUGUCGUCCACGGCUGUGUGGGAACACCUACCACCGAUCAGCGGUCGGGUAGGGCUCAUUAAUCCGGGAGACACCUCAAAAUUGAACCAAUCACCACAUUUGGCAAUGCUGAAGCCGGCCCAUAAGCACAUGCAGACGAUUGAGGGCAAACGUGCAAUGUUGAUCAUGGACAAUUGCAUAUCCAAGAUGCUACUCGUUGCCGCUUUUCCACAGAUCAGCGCCAACAUUAAGUACUAUGAGCUACUGCUCGGAAGGGAGGUCAAACUACUGUUUAAGGAAUAUGAGAAGGUCUCGGCUGAAUACGAGAUGGUGAUGAAUUUGUCGACCACGAAACCAACCGUCAGUUGUCACAAGCUGCGUGAGGUAAUUUGGAAAACUCUAAUUGUAGCUCGUACACAUUUGUUGGCAGAUAGGCACACAUGUUUCUUUGUUCUCCGGUAUAAUUGA